GACCUAUGUUUAACCACAUACUGUUUGGACCCAUCUUUUUACUAUACAGCACCAGGAUUCUCCUUUGAUUGUAUGUUAAAAUAUACCAGAGUCAAAUUAGAGUUACUCACAGAGUAUGAUAUGCUGUUGAUGAUUGAAAAGGGAAUUCGAGGCGGUUUGACACAAGCAAGUAUGAGGUAUGCUAAAGCUAAUAAUGAAAUGACCCCAGAUUAUGAUCCAACAAAGUCCAAAUCAUGGUUAAUUUAUCAAGAUUGUAAUAAUCUCUACGGUUGGGCAAUGUCACAACACAUGCCCUAUGGUGGUUUUAAGUGGGUUGAACCUAAACUAGAAGGGCUUAAUGAUUUGAACGAUACAUCACCCAUCAGACGGAUAUAUGAAGUUGACAUUACUUAUCCAAAAGAACUCCAUGAUAAACACAACGACUUACCUUUCCUACCACAAAACGGUAUCCCAGCUGGUUCAAAAGUUAAAAAACUCAUGGCAACACUUCAGUCGAAAAAAAACUAUAUUAUUCAUUACCGAAACCUCCAACAAGCUAUAGUCAAUGGACUCAUAGUUGAAAAAGUAAAUGUAUAAAUGUUUUUAUUUUAC